CCGACAUCCCAUCUUCUCUAUCUCUCUCUCUCCCCAGUGCCCACUCACGGUAAAAAAGCCAAAGCAAAAGGCAAACACACAAGCGUAUGCUUGCAAGCAAGGCACAGCGAAACGUGUUCACUCUUCAAUCUCCAUUACCGUUAAGAAACUAACAGAGAGAGACACUACUUUUUCGUUUUUAAGCUUAAGUUUACUGUAUUUGUAGAAGUAGUAGUUGAGAAAGAGAGGCAUGGAGAUGGAGGGCAUUGGAGGACUGAGGCAUCUGUUUAUGACAGUGUUUUUACAUGGGUUUGCAAGCUUCAUGGUGAUUCCAGCCAUAACUGAUAUCACCAUGCUGGCUCUUUGCCCUGGUCAAGAUGAGUGCUCCCUUGCCAUUUACCUCUCUGGUUUUCAACAAGCGAUAAUAGGUUUGGGAACGGUGGUGAUGACUCCACUAAUUGGGAAUUUGUCGGAUGUGUAUGGGAGGAAGUCUCUUCUCACGAUCCCCAUGACCCUCUCCAUUGUCCCGCUAGCGAUAUUGGCGUAUAGCAGGAAGACAAGCUUCUUUUAUGCCUACUAUGUGCUGAGGACAGUAACUGCCUUGGUAGGUGAAGGCAGCAUCAACUGCCUCACCCUUGCUUAUGUGGCCGACAAUGUUUCAGAGAGAGAACGAAUAUCUGCAUUUGGAAUUCUUGCUGGAUUUACCUCAGCAGCAUUUGUAUGUGGAACCUUAGCAGCUCGUUUCCUCUCCACUGCUUUAACAUUUCAGGUUGCUGCCUUUGGAUCAAUGCUUUCAACUAUCUACAUGAGAAUUUUUCUCAAGGAGAGCUUGACGGGCGAUGAUAGUACUUUGAGGCAGCCCAUCUUGAAAGGAGGAGUACCAGAAGUUGUUGAUGAAGGCGAUGUCUACUCGCCGAAAACGAUACAAGUAUUUAAGAAAAUUCCGUCUCCAGGAGAUUUGAUUUCCCUACUGAGGAGUAGUAAGAUUCUGUCACAAGCAGCAGUUGUUUCCUUCUUUCAGAGCCUGGCAGAGGGUGGCAUGCAAGCUUCAUUAAUGUAUUUCUUAAAGGCUCGUUUCCACUUCAACAAGAAUCAGUUUGCUGAUCUAAUGCUGAUUAUUGGGAUAUCGGGGACCAUAUCACAGCUGCUUUUCAUGCCAAUGUUGGCAACUGCUAUUGGAGAGGAAAAGUUGCUUCCAAUUGGGCUCAUAAUGGGCAGUAUGAAUAUGUUUCUUAACAGCAUUUCAUGGGCAGUUUGGGUUCCUUAUGCUGCGACUCUGUUUUCUGUUUUUGGAUUUUUAGUGCAGCCAAGUAUACGCAGCAUCGCAUCAAAACAAGUUGGACCCAAUGAUCAGGGAAAGGCUCAAGGAUGCAUUUCAGGCAUAAGCUCCUUUGCCAACAUUGUUUCUCCAUUAAUUUUCAGUCCUCUGACAGCUUUAUUCCUGUCUGAAGAAGCACCAUUUUAUUUCCCUGGCUUCAGUAUUCUGUGCAUUGGCCUUGCAACGAUGAUUGCCUUCGUUCAGAGCCUAAUGAUAAGGGCUUCUCCUCACAAAACCAGCAACACCAUCUGCGUGGAAUCUCCCUAGUCAGAAUUCAAAUUAUACAGAAUUCUAACUUACAGCAAUACCUUUUCUUCCCAGAAAAAAUAAAUACAUAAAGUUUCAUCUUAUGGAGCCCUUUAAUCCACACCAGAAUCCUAAGAACAAGAUAAAGCUUAUGCCUGCCAGAAUCUCAAAGCCAACGGGUGGCCGGAACCCGCAUCGUCCGCCUUGACAGGGCGUAGUUAAAAUCAGCCAGGUUACACGGUAAAUGAGAUGACGCAAACAUAUAUAUAGGUAAAUUCAGUAAAAAUCAGUUUGUACCCUGGUGUUCUUCUAUAUUUCUUUCUUUUGUGUAUUGGUAUUUAUAACGUUACAAGAUUAUUAUAUACAAAAUUUCAAUUGCCCA